GGUUUCUCCUCACAGUAUCUUUUUUCAAAACACCCGAUGAGGACCAUGGCAAUGGCAGUAAGAUGGGUGAUAUCGAACAGAACUAUCUGGAAACAAUUAUUUCCAAUCCAAAGUGGAGCUUUAUCUAGUGUUUGUCGUAAAUCUACGUAUUCUUCUCUCCCAGAUGACUACAACUGCAAGGUAGAGCUCGCAUUGACAUCUGACGGCAGGACAAUAGUGUGCUACCACCCUUCUGUGGACAUCCCCUACGAACACACCAAACCUAUCCCUCAACCAGAUAUUUUGCAUAAUAAUGAAGAAACACAUGAACAAGUGCUGAAAACCAAAUUAGGAAUAAAAAGCGACCAACUUGAGCAAGGACCUAUGAUAGAACAGCUCAGCAGGGUGUUCUUCACUACAAAGCACCGCUGGUACCCGCACGGACAGUAUCACAGACGUCGUAAGAAGCUGAAUCCUCCCAAAGACAGGUGACUGUCCUUGAUUUGUGAAGCAUCAAGGAGAGUUUGUGUCUUAUUUGUCAGCUGAGAAAAUGCAAAUGGUGUACUCGUUAAGAUGUCAUAUAGGAAAAUAAUAAAAAUACCCUUUCAUAUGUUUAAAUGU